ACAUAGUACGGUAUAAUAUGUUUAUUACGUUAGAUGUACAUGAGACACGCUUGUAAGAAGAAUAAAAUUAAAAAUAUGUCAAAUUAUCCCAUCAAAUAGUGAUUACUGUAGUAUAGCUAUAUUCUUUAUUUUAUAUUCUCUUAUGUAUAUACACCGAAUUCUCCCUUAAAUUAACUUAUCAUUGUUUUUUUUUGGUUUCUUCAGAAAAAUUAGAUACAUGCAUACGUUACACGUCUUUCACUCUUUUUUGUUUGAGUUGUUAAUGACUUUUGGAACCUGGAAACUAAUUUUAAUUUUAAGUUUUAAUGUUUAGUUUUAAUCAUUUACUUACCCAAAAGGUACAAAAAAUUUUCUAUAAAAAAAUUAAAAUGGACAUGCAUGUGAUGGGGCUACGUAAUAAGACUAUAAUUGGAUGUAUAUGCACAAAGCAAGUUGUAGCUAAGGAACGUUGAAAGGUGAAAGAUCCACCGCUUUUGUAUUUUCUUCUGUUGGUUUGUGAUCCGGUUUUUGAUUUUUUUUAUAGAUCUUUUGUUCCUCCUAAAAUCUGAAAUGAUCAUAGCUAUUUCAUAUUUUCGAAAUAUUAUAUUGAAUUAAAUUUCAAAGAGUAAAAGUGAUCCUCUAACAAACCCUCAAGCUUUAGACGUUCUUCUCCUUUGGAUCAAAUGUAUCUUCCAUCCUUAUCCUCCCGAAUUUUACUAGAACCUUGAAUCCCAUUAUGCAAGCUUUAACUAUGAGAUUUGGAUAUAUUAUAAUUAACGCAAUCCUGGACGAAUUAUCAGUUUCACCCGCGAUAUGAAGCAGAAUUUCAUAAGCAAAGCGGUAGAUAUACAACUAUUUAGAGCAUGCAGCAGCUAGUAGACUUAUGACAUUAAAAAUAUACAAUAAAUUUUAUAUUUUAAAAAGAAAAUUCAUGUGGGGGUCCUGACUGACCUGUAAAAUUUUGAUCAGAAGGAAUUGAAUGGUUUUGGCGAAUACUAAGGUGGUGAUGUUUUCUUCCUUUGCCAUUUUUUUUGAGCAACCUUCCUUUGCCAUUCUAAACCUAUCUCUUGUCUUUUCUCUCCCUCUCUCUCAAAAUGAUUAUUGAUGAAUCACAGCCCCUGGAAAGAUCACGUGUUACCGAUAUUGAUACAUACUACACUUUGUGUAUGGUAUAUUAUUUGAUCAUUAUCAUGAGAGAUGACAUAUUCUGACUUAGGGUUGCGGCAUUACUUGUCCAUGGGGUCGUCCAGUACCACUCCUACACAUUUUGUCUCAUGCAAAUUGUUUUCGGAUAUGGGCUCACGUGAACCUCUUGAUUUAUUAUUGUUUUUGUGUGUGAUUUCUCCCAGAGUUUUACAGCGAUAAAUAAUCAUUCACGAAAGUAAUAAUUAUAAUUAGUUUAGAUCUCAGUCCAUUUGGAGUGGGUCGAAUUACCCAAACUUAACCAGAAAUGGUAUAGUUCAAUUAUUAUUUAUUCGGUUCUAUCAAAGGUGCAAAACAUCAACAAGCUACUUCUAAAAAAUAUGUCUAUAUUAUAUUUCACAGUAACAUAAACUAAUUGCAACAUUAUUUUACUUUAGAACAUAAUAGUUUUUUUAAAUUAUAUUACUAAGCAAUUUAUGAUAUAGCUAACUCCUUUUUUGAUAAAACAAAAAGUUAGUUAUUCUUUCUAAAAGAAAAAAAGUUGUUCCUUCUUCAGGUUAGUGAGUUUCAAUACAUAUGAUCCAACACUGCUGAAAAUGAUAUAAAUGUCCGGAUUUGUUUUAUUUGUUAGAUAACUUAUUUCCUGUUUAUGCAUACUAAUCCUAUUUUCUUGAAUAAAAACUGGCUCACAAAUUAAAACUAUUAAAAAUAACAGUUUAUCCAUUUAUAUCUUCUCAAUUCUUCAAAGUUCUACUAGCUAGUGUAAGUUGAUGAAUAUAUAUAUUCUAAUUUGUUUUCGGUUCGUACGUGGUCCCUUCUCUUGCCUAUUUAAAAAAUGUCAAACACAGUAGUAUGCUUAGAUCCUUCUAUACUUGUCCCUGAUCUCUCCCAAACUCUCUUCUUACAUCUCUUUUUUGUUUCAUAGAUCUUUAUCAAUCAUGGGUUCAAAUUUUCGUUACACUAUAGAUCUCAAUGAAGAUCAUCAAAACCAUCAACCUUUUUUCUCUUCUUUUGGAUCCUCUAUUCAUCAAAAUCAUGAUCAUCAACAAAAUGUUUACCAUCACCAAGCUCUAUCUAAUCCCACUUUUUCAUCAUCUUCUUUAGCUUCACCAUCUCUUUCCUACCUCCCUUUCUUGAUCAACUCUCACCAAGAUCAAGUACAUGUUGGGUAUAACAACCAUACUUUUCAUGGCUUUCUUGAUCCUCAUAUCUCCCAGCCCCUUGAGACCAAAAAGUUUGUAUAUGAUGGUGGAUCAUCAUCAAGCGAUCAAAUGACGCCAGAGAAGGAGACACGACUUAAAUUGACGAUAAGGAAGAAUGAUAAUCAUCAUGACCAAACCGAUCUUCCUCAAUAUCCGACAAAAGUCGAGACAGAAAGUAAUUCGCUCAAGUGGAUGUCUUCGAAGGUGAGAUUUAUGAAGAGAAAGACGAUGAUCACCCCCACCGACAACAACAAACAAUACGUUAAGAACGACCAGUCCUUGAACGUUAGCAAUCUCGAAGAAGAUCAUCUCAAUAAGAUUUCGAAAAAUCAUUACAAUAUGAUUGCGAACGAGAAUGGUUAUAACGGAAGCAACAACUGCGUAACUAGGAUUUGCUCCGAUUGUAACACGACCAAAACUCCUCUUUGGAGAAGUGGCCCGAGAGGUCCCAAGUCUCUUUGUAACGCAUGUGGGAUAAGGCAAAGGAAAGCGAGACGGGCUGCUAUGGCCGCUUCAGGCGCAACCACAACCUCUGACGUGUCACCGCCGCUCCUGAAGAAGAAGAUUCAAAACAAGAACAAGAGAUCAAAUAAAGUUGGUAGUCUCUCUUCUCCUUUGGCUUCAAAGGUACAUAAAUAUAAGAGUAUGACCACAUCUGUGGCGGAGGCGGUGCCGAUGAUGGAGGGCGCGGGCGGCGCGGGCGCAAUAACCGGGGCUUUGGAGACUCAAGGCAAAUCCACAAUGUCGUCUUCUUCAACAUCUUCCUCCUCAAACAAGUGUUAUUUUGAUGAGCUAGCCAUAAUCUUGAGCAAAAGCUCAGCUUAUCAGCAAGUUUUUCCUCAAGAUGAGAAGGAGGCUGCCAUUUUACUAAUGGCUCUGUCGUACGGAAUGGUACACGGGUGAUCUUUUAAUCAAAACUCACGUUUUUAGGUAAGAAGUUAGGGAAUUAUUAUAAUUAAUGGUACCAUAAUCCAUCGUAUACGUUGUUUAUGUUUGGUUCUUGCGGUGAUAGAUCGAUAUCAGUCAGUCCAACUUUAUGGGGUUUAAUUGUUUUUAAUAAUGAAACUAUUUUGUAUGGAGCUUGAUAUUCCGAGGAUGUGGUUGUUCUUGAUUUUUCAUUUAUUUAUUGCGUUCGAAAUUUGAGAAUUAAUAUGCGAAUUACAUUAAUUUUUC